AUCCCAUAGACGAUGAGGUCCGGUGCUUUGAAAAUGGAAUCUUGAACAAACGUGCCGGUGGGUCAAAUUCAGACCUGUGGCUGAUCGGGAAGGCCAGACGGCGACCAACCCAAUCAAUUUUCAAAUUCACAUGGAAGCGCACCUUCUUCUAGCCGAUGGAUCGCCUUUAGGGUUUUAGCACAGUUUCUCAAAGUUAUACAAUGAUUUACCUAUUAUUCACGGUUUUAUACGCCCAAUUGAUCAUCAUUCUGUUACUUCAGUUCAGAUCUCCACUCCAAGAACGUUUACUUGUCGAAUUAGAUGGGUUGAAACAAGGGAGAGCUCAAUUGGCUGUAAAAUCUGUCACCGCCACCGUGUUCGUAGUCAUGAUGUACAUUCUUUACACCGUAGUGCAAAUCCAUAGCCGUUGCGGCGAUGCCGUCGAUUCCCCCAAUCGCGCCAUUCUUGCCUACCUUGUGCUCGAAGCUUCUCUCAUCGGCUUCUCGCUUUUCCUAUUGCUGAUUAUAGACGGCCUACAUCAAUACACCAAAGAAGUUAACAUACUUACAAAGACCUUAAGUGCUGCACAGAAACAAAACCAGGCCUACGAAGAGGGUAAGAAAAAGAGUGCAAAUGAGGCCAAAUCUGUAAAGGAAAAAAUAUCUAGGUUAAGGACAGAGAUAAAGAAACUGGAAUUGGAAUGUGAUAGAAAGGAGAAUGAGGUGGAGUCUAGAAAAGCCAAUUCAGAUGCUCUCAAAAGCCGAUUAGAAGGGUUACUCGUAGAAUAUGAUGGAUUGCUAGCGGAUAAUAAAGAUCUUAAAGAUCAACUCCACGACAUGAACGAAAGAUGGUCCCACUCCGGUGGAAAAAAGUCGGGCUUUUUUAGUUGGGAUCAGUGGGGAUUGUGAUAUUUGUUUGUGUAAGAACCAACUGCAUUGUAAAAAGAGUAGUUUUCCAUAAAAAUUGAACCCCUUAAACC